AUGUUUACAGAACUUGCAUAUAAUGCCUCUAAAAGAAUAAAUUAAAUACAAAAAGAUUUACAAACAAGAGAAAAACAGAAAUAAUCAAGUAAAUCGAUAUGACUUAUUGAUGCAGAAAUCAAUUCAACAUUAAAAUAUUUAGGUUGGUAUCAGAUUUUAAAUUAGAUAAUGAAUUGGAUUAGUUGGAUUAAGAAAUUAAAGGAUAUACAGCUAAUUAAAAUUGUAAUUUAUUAGCAAAAGAAAUUUAGAAAAGAAGAAAUCUAUAUAAUGAAUUAGCAUAAAAACGAUAAGAGAUAAAAAAAAGAAUUGAAUAAAGUCAUAUAACUCAUUUACAAUAAUAAUUAAUCUAAAAUAAAUGUAAAUUAGUUGUUAUUUUAGAAAAAAAAAUGAAUUAUGAAAGUUUUGUAUAAAUGGAUACUCUUAAGUUGCAUGGAUAAAUUAUUGAUGAAUAUUUAAAUAAAAUUAAUGAUAAAGUUCUUAAUAUUAAAUAUUCAUCAUAAAAUCUAAGUAAGUAAAUUAAAGAAUAAAAUGGAAUUAUAGAUUAAUUACAUGAAAAUGUAUUUUUUAUAUUUUUUAUUAGACUGAUUCUGCAAAUUAAGCAAUGAAAAAUUGA